AUGCCUGUCCUCUUCGAACGAAACGAUUCUCUCAGGGUUAAUCCCCAAGGAGGUGAUGCUCGUCUCUCCAAUGCUGGUUCAAACUGGCUCUGGGCUGUAACUGCCCUCUACCUCGUCAGCUUCCUCGUCUAUUUUGCCAUGAGCUUCAAGCCUCGCAACAAUGAGCGAAUCUUCCACUACCUCUUCACCAUUGCCCUCUUCGUCGGCACAAUCUGCUACUUCUCCAUGGCCUCUGGUAUCUCAUACUCGAUUGUUACUACGCAGCUGAACAUCGGCCGAGCUGUUUCUUACCAGAUCUACUUUGCAAAGUAUAUCAACUGGGUUGUUUCAUUCCCUAUUGUUCUGCUUGCUUUGGGUCUCAUGAGUGGUGUGAGCUGGGCUACCAUUCUGUUCAACAUCUUCCUUGCCUGGAUCUGGAUCAUCUCGUACCUCUGCUCCGCAUACACCGUCACCUCCUACAAAUGGGGCUUCUACGGCUUCGGCACCUUCGCCUGGCUCAUGCUCGCCUACCAAACCCUCCACCCAGGCCGCGCCUCAGCCUCUCGUCUCGGUCUAUCACGCGACUACCUCAUGUUGGCAGGCUGGUUGAACCUUCUCUGGCUCCUCUACCCGGUCGCCUUUGGUCUUUCUGAUGGCGGUAACGAGAUCGGUGUUACUCAGAUGGCCAUCUUCUUCGGCAUCUUGGACGUGCUCAUGAUUCCUGGACUUGCUUUUGCGUUCAUGGUCUUGUCCAAGCGCUGGGACUAUGGUGCUUUGAACUUACACUUUACUCAGUACGGUCGUGUUCAUGCUGGACAUGGUGGUGUCUUCCCUGAGAAGAGGGCUCCUGGUGCUGGAACUUCUGCUCCUGGAACUACAGCUCCUGCAGCUACUGCGCCUGCUGUUUAA